GGUAUCUCUUUAUCCCUCCUUGUGUUUUGGACUGUGGUUGGGAAGCCAGAUUUCCUGGAGAGAACGCAUGCAGGGGCAGAAUUCACCAUCUUCAUGCAGAAAGCCAUAUGCUAGGAAUGAAACCCAAGAACUUCUUCCUGCAAGGCAACAGGGCUACAGCGCCUCGUCUCUGAUCAUAUAAAGGAUCAGAUUUACUCAGUCUGACAUUCUUGGUGGUAGAGUUUGAAGUUGUUUAACAUCUAUAUGAUCACUAAUCUUGGACAUGUAUAGAAACAUUCAAAGCCAGCGAUGUGGAUGGAAGAAUUGCUGAAAGAAAUCUGCACUUCCAAGUUAUCAACUGACGGCUGUCUGGAGUGGUACAGUUGCAUCUCCACAUAAUCCAUGAUGUCAUUACCAAACGAGUCAGGAAACAGAGGGAAAGAUCGAGAGAGGGGGGCCCGGCCAAAGGUCAGGCAGAGCCGGUCAGAGGAGAGAAGAGACUCAGGAGGUGGUCGGAAAGGCGGAAAGGGGAAGAAAAAAGGCCUCUCCUCGCAUGAAGCUGUAGCUGAGCGGCCUGUCAGUGAUGGGUUUGAGUAUGGAGAACUGUUAAAUGAUCUGGAGGCAAAGGGCCAAACCUCCUCAUCCCCUCAGGACACCUGGAAAUGGCAGAGCUUCGAUGUCACUGGAUCGUUUUUGGGACAAAGUGCUGCAAUUAAGCAAGGUCAAAGCACAGUUAACUCUGCCACAGAAAUACAGGCUCUGUGUGAUGCAGAGGGCCGAGGUUCAAGCAGCAGUCGCACUCUCAGGCAAAAAAUCCAGGAUGCAAUGGGACAGUGUUUUCCAAUAAAGACGCAUAGUGCUGCAGCACCAGCUUCAACCCCUCAGGCCUUUUUAUCAUCAGCUGCCUGUGCCUCCUCCAGGCGGAAGAUCCAUCUCAGUGAACUGAUGCUGGACGACUGCCCAUUCCCUGUAGGAUCAGAGCUGGCUCAGAAAUGGUAUCUCAUCAAGCAACACACAGCCCCCAUUACCCAGCCUCCGCUGUUAGAUCCCUCAGUUGUGUGCAGUGUCCCAACUUCAGCAAUGGCUGCUGUGGAAGACGUGGAUGACAAGCUGCGAGAGCGCAGGCGCAUCAGCAUUGAGCAAGGAGUCGAGCCACCUCCCAAUGCGGAGAUCCACACAUUUGAGGUGACAGCUCAAAUUAACCCACUGUACAAGCAUGGCCCCAAGCUGGCUCAUGGCAUGAAUGAAUUAUCUGGGGCUGACAGAGCCUCUGCCCAGCAGCAGCAACAGCUUCUUCUCCAAAGACAGCAGCAACACCAGCUCUUGCUGCAGAGCUGCCUGGAUACUCUUGAUGAGGUCGCAGCCUCAGCAUCUGCUUCUCUGCACUCCUCCGACAUGUCCUCUGACCCUCUGGUUGACCCAGAGGUGACAACAAACAGUUUGACAUUAAGAUCCACACUUCCAAGCACAGAGCAUCACAAAUCCCAAGAAGGCUACCAUUUUCACACUCAGAUCGAUUACAUUCACUGUUUAGUCCCAGACUUGCUGCAGAUUACUAAUCUCCCGUGUUACUGGGGGGUCAUGGACCGAUAUGAAGCGGAGACACUGCUGGAAGGAAAGCCUGAAGGCACCUUCUUGCUGCGUGACUCUGCCCAGGAAGACUACCUCUUCUCUGUCAGCUUCCGUCGCUACGGCCGGUCACUGCACGCACGCAUUGAACAGUGGAACCACAACUUCAGCUUCGACGUCCACGACCCCAGCGUCUUUCACGCUCCCACAGUUACGGGGCUGUUGGAGCACUACAAGGACCCCAACUCUUGCAUGUUCUUCGAGCCCCUUCUGUCCAACCCCAUACACCGCACACACCCCUUCAGCCUGCAGCACGUCUGCCGAGCCGUCAUAAGCAGCUGCACAACAUACGACGGCAUCAACAUGCUCCCCAUUCCAAAUGCGCUGAAAAAACACUUGAAAGAAUACCACUAUAAGCAGAAAGUGCGAGUACGGAGGAUGGAUACGUGGUGGGAAUGAAAAACAAGUUAACUCAGACUCAAGGACCCAGUCACAUACAAGCCUUUUUUUGAAGUACUGUGCAUAAAUUCACAUGACACUGUAUUUAUUUAUUUUAUUCCUGCUUCAUGUAAUAACAAUCGUACUAAACCACACUGAUAAGACAAUGUGUUAUCUCACUGAUCUUGCACAUUCAGCGUGAUGUUAAGCUCAGAUUAAACAGUUUCAGAUUCAUGCUGUUCCGUGUACUGCUUCUCAUCUGUGUCUUCAAGCGAGACUAAAUCAUCUUAAUUAUUUGAUGAGGGUUUGAAUGACGAUGAUUAUAAUGGAGCUGCUCAUCGAUCACACACUGAGAAGCCUAAACACAUCCUCUCGGGGAUCGUCACUGAAGAGUGCAACACUUUUUCAGUAUUGCAGUGGCGUGUAAAAAAAAUACUCCUUUACCUUAUUUCACAGUUUGUCCUAUAAAAACACAUAGUUUAGUACAUUUUUCAAAAGAUUUAGGUAGGGACCAACAUAGAAUAAAGGAUACACUUGAAGUGAAACGAGGAUAAGGUAAGAUUUUAUAUCUUAAAAUUUGGUAUGAAAUUGAAUUAAUUCUCUUUUAGACUGAUAUAACAAAAUAAAGUCCAGUGCAUUCCAUUAAACCUCAUCAGUACUUAGUUUAAGUUGAAAUAUAUCGCGUAUAGAUACAAUACAACCAAGGAGCUCACCACACAGACCUGGGAUAAAGUAGGAGGAUGAAACAAGCGUUAGGUUCUAAAACGAUCCUACAUUUAGAAAAUAAGAUUGCUCUUUCUGGUUGAGACAGAAUAAUCUGUUAUAAGGGGUGUUAGUAUGCUUUGGGGUAUAUUUUUCUCCCAAAGGGCAAAGAGAGAUAGAGAUGGUUGGAAGUUGGAUAGACGGCAUGUAAAGACUUGAGACUCAUGAGUGUUUCCCUUCUAGCAGUACACAACCAGAGCUACCAUGGGAUGGCUUAGAGAAAAGCAUUCAUGGGAUGGCUCUGAAUCACAUGUUCAGUUUAGUCAGUGUGAGUUUGAGCCAUCCGAAAAAUAAUAGGCACCAUUAUUCAGGCUCUAGUUUUGUGAAUCUAGUAGACAUUCCAGAAGACUUGCAGCUGGUAUUGUGCCAAAGCUGCCUCUUCCAGCUAUUGAAUCGAGCAAGAAUACAACCCCCGGUAAAAAUUAGGGAAUCACCGCCUCGGCUGAUUUUUAUUCAGCUGUUUAAUUUUGGUUUAAAAAAGCAGAUCACAGACAUGACACAAAACUAAAGUCAUUUCAAAUGGAUAUUGUCUUGGCUUUAAGAAACACCAAA